ACGUUCCCAGCGCCGCGUUUGAAUUCGGGGAGGAGCGGAGUAGUGCAAAGCUCUGCACCGACCCUGCGUGGCCCUUGGAGCAACGCUGGAAACAUGAGUGCGGCUGUAGCAGCGGGGAAACUGGCGCGGGCACCGGCUGACCUGGGGAAGGCCGGAGUCCCUGGAGUUGCGGCUCCCGGAGCCCCAGCGGCUGCUCCUCCGGCGAAGGAGAUACCGGAGGUCCUGCUGGACCCACGCAACCGGCGGCGCUAUGUGCGGGGCCGCUUUUUGGGCAAAGGCGGCUUCGCCAAGUGCUUCGAGAUCUCGGACUCAGACACUAAGGAAAUUUUCGCCGGCAAGAUUGUGCCUAAGUCUCUGCUGCUCAAGCCGCACCAGAAGGAGAAGAUGUCCAUGGAGAUCUCCAUUCACCGCAGUCUCGCCCACCAGCACGUCGUAGGCUUUCACGGUUUUUUCGAAGACAGCGACUUCGUGUUCGUGGUCUUAGAGCUCUGCCGCCGGCGGUCCCUACUGGAGCUACACAAGAGGAGGAAGGCCCUGACGGAACCUGAGGCCCGAUACUACCUGCGGCAGAUCGUCCUGGGCUGCCAGUACCUGCACCGAAACCGGGUUAUCCACAGGGACCUCAAGCUGGGCAACCUCUUUCUGAACGAGGAUCUGGAGGUGAAGAUAGGGGACUUUGGACUGGCAACCAAAGUGGAAUAUGACGGGGAGCGGAAGAAGACCUUGUGUGGGACUCCUAAUUACAUAGCUCCCGAGGUGCUGAGCAAGAAAGGGCACAGUUUCGAGGUGGAUGUGUGGUCCAUUGGCUGCAUCAUGUAUACGCUGCUAGUGGGCAAACCACCUUUUGAGACCUCUUGUCUGAAAGAGACCUACCUCCGCAUCAAGAAGAAUGAGUACAGUAUCCCCAAGCACAUCAACCCCAUGGCUGCCUCCCUCAUCCAGAAGAUGCUUCAGACAGACCCCACUGCCCGCCCAACUAUUCACGAGCUGCUCAACGACGAGUUCUUCACUUCUGGCUACAUCCCAGCUCGCCUCCCCAUCACCUGCCUCACCAUUCCCCCGAGGUUUUCCAUAGCCCCCAGUAGCCUGGACCCCAGCAGCCGCAAGCCUCUCACAGUCCUCAAUAAAGGCAUGGAGAACUCUCUGCCUGAGCGUCCCCGGGACAAAGAAGAACCAGUGGUUCGGGAGACGAUCGAGGCUAUUGAGUGCCAGCUUGGUGACAUGCUGCAGCAACUGCACAGUGUCAAUGCCUCCAAACCCGCAGAGCGGGGCCUGGUGAGACAGGAGGAGGCUGAAGAUCCCGCCUGCAUCCCCAUCUUCUGGGUCAGCAAGUGGGUGGACUACUCGGACAAGUACGGCCUAGGGUAUCAGCUUUGUGACAACAGCGUGGGUGUGCUCUUCAACGACUCUACGCGCCUCAUCCUCUACAACGAUGGGGACAGCCUGCAGUACAUAGAGCGGGAUGGCACUGAGUCCUACCUCACUGUGAGCUCCCACCCCAACUCCUUGAUGAAGAAGAUCACCCUCCUCAAAUAUUUCCGCAACUACAUGAGCGAGCACUUGCUCAAGGCGGGUGCCAACAUCACACCUCGGGAAGGUGACGAGCUGGCCCGGCUGCCCUACCUGCGCACCUGGUUCCGCACGCGCAGCGCCAUCAUCCUGCACCUCAGCAACGGCACUGUGCAGAUCAACUUCUUCCAGGACCACACGAAGCUCAUCCUGUGCCCACUGAUGGCAGCCGUGACCUACAUCGACGAGAAGCGGGACUUCCGCACGUACCGCCUGAGCCUCCUGGAAGAGCACGGCUGCUGCAGGGAGCUGGCCAGCCGGCUGCGCUAUGCCCGCACCAUGGUGGACAAGCUGUUGGGCUCACGCUCGGCCUGCAACCGUCUCAAGGCUUCUUCCUAGCCUCCUCCCUCCGGUGGACUGGUGCCCCCCUCCACUAGCACCGGCCCGCACUGCUGGGCCCUGAGGGCUGCUGCUGUUGUGGGCCCCCCAGCCCUGGGGGCUGGGCAGGGAGCUGUCAGCCUUGCAGUGGGGCUGCUAAGUUAUUUUUGUACAUGUUCAUGUGUGGGUUCUGCCGCCUCAGCCCCUUCCCUUCAGCCCACUGCAUGAAUUGUAUAGAGUAUUUCUAUUGACUCCGGGACGGUCC